AUGCCGCUGUCACGUUCCCUGUCCAUGUCGUCCCUGAGCGGGGUGCUGCCGGCCUGGGAGGAAGACGAGCUCCCCGUGGAGGAUCUGCUGCUCUUUGAGGUGGCUUGGGAGGUCACCAACAAAGUUGGAGGAAUCUACACAGUGAUCCAAACCAAAGCCAAGAUCACAGUGGAUGAAUGGGGGGAGAAUUACUAUAUGAUGGGGCCCUACUUUGAACACAACUUUAAGACCCAGGUGGAAGGCUGCGAGCCGCCAAACCCUGCCAUCAGGAAGGCCAUGGACGCUCUCAUCCACAACGGAUGCCAGGUUUAUUUUGGCCGCUGGCUGAUUGAGGGCAGCCCCUUUGUGAUCCUGUUCGAUAUCGGCUCUGCAGCCUGGAACCUGGACCGCUGGAAGGGGGACCUGUGGGAGACCUGCCACAUAGGCUUACCCUACCAUGACAGAGAGGCUAAUGACGCACUCAUCCUGGGCUCCCUGAUCACCUGGUUCUUCAAAGAGUUAACAGACCAGCUGGGAGACAAUCCCAAUGUCAUUGGUCAUUUCCAUGAGUGGCAGGCGGGUCCAGGGGUUAUUCUCUCUCGCUCCCGCAAGAUUCCCAUGGCAACAGUCUUCACUACACACGCCACCCUGCUGGGAAGAUACCUUUGUGCUGGGAAUGCCGACUUUUACAACAACUUGGACAAGUUCAACAUCGACAAGGAGGCAGGUGAGAGGCAGAUCUACCAUCGUUACUGCCUGGAAAGAGCGGCGGUCCACUGUGCUCACGUCUUCACCACGGUUUCCCAGAUCACCGCUGUGGAGGCCAGCCACAUGCUGCACAGGAAGCCAGAUGUCGUGACCCCGAACGGGCUGAAUGUGAAGAAGUUCUCGGCCAUGCAUGAGUUUCAGAACCUGCAUUCCACCAGCAAGGCCCGCAUCAAGGAGUUUGUCAGAGGACACUUCUAUGGUCACCUGGACUUCAACCUGGAGAAAACCCUCUUCUUCUUCAUUGCCGGACGCUAUGAGUUUUCCAACAAAGGAGCUGAUAUUUUCCUUGAGUCACUCUCCAGACUCAACUACCUACUGCGGGUCCACAGAAAUGAUGUAACAGUGGUAGUUUUCUUCAUCAUGCCAGCUAAAACCAACAACUUCAAUGUGGAGUCACUGAAGGGACAGGCAGUACGCAAGCAGCUCUGGGAUACAGCUCACACUGUGAAGGAGAAGUUUGGUAAAAAGCUGUAUGAUGCUCUGUUAAAAGGGCAGAUCCCGGACAUGAGCUCCAUUCUGGAUCGAGACGACCUCACCAUUAUGAAGAGAGCCAUCUAUGCUACUCAGAGACACAGCCUUCCUCCAGUGACCACUCACAACAUGCAAGACGACUCACAAGAUCCCAUCCUGUCCAACGUUAGACGCGUCGGCCUCUUCAACUCCAGGACCGAUCGAGUCAAGAUUAUCUUCCACCCUGAGUUCCUGUCCUCCACCAGUCCUCUGCUGCCGAUGGACUAUGAGGAUUUUGUUCGUGGCUGUAACCUUGGAGUGUUCCCCUCUUACUAUGAACCAUGGGGAUACACACCUGGUGAAUGCACUGUAAUGGGCAUUCCCAGUGUGACCACCAACCUGUCAGGUUUUGGCUGCUUUAUGGAGGAGCAUGUGUCAGACCCUGCUGCCUAUGGCGUUUACAUCGUGGACCGGCGGUUCCGUGCAGCCGAGGAGUCCUGCAACCAGCUGACCCAGUUCAUGUUCAAUUUCUGUCAGCAGUCUCUGCGCCAGCGCAUUAUCCAACGGAACCGAACUGAGAGGCUGUCUGACCUGCUGGACUGGAGAUACCUGGGACGGUUCUACAUACAUGCCCGCCAUCUGGCACUUCAUAGAGCAUUCCCAGACAAGUUCAAAAUAGACCCCAUGGCCCCAAUGAAGACUGAGGGUUUCCGUUACCCCCGACCCUACUCAGUGCCCCCCUCUCCCUCUGCCUCCAUCCACUCCACCCCCCACCACAGUGAUGUGGAGGAUGAUGAUGACGAGCCCUAUGAUGAAGAUGAGGAGGCUGAGAGGGACCGACUGAACAUCAAAUCUCCCUUUGUGCUGGGUACCAUACCAGAGGGCAAGAAAAAGCAACCUGGAGAGUCAGGAAACUGAGAUUUACCUUGAGUAGCUGCAGAUUAUACACAGGUUAAUGGAAUGUGAGGAGAAUAAAUUAAAAAAAUAAUAAAGUUUCUUGAACGUUA